GAGUGGGACCCUGUCCUCUGCUGCUGUGAGUCAUCACUGAAGUCCAAAUAACACGGGUGAACAGCUGAAGGUUACCACUGCUUGCAUCUAAAAAUCUCACUACCAAGAAAGAGAGCGUUCAUUAUGGUCUCCAGCAUUUGCUGUUCCUCUGUUUUUGACUGAGUGUGGUCAGAAGGAAAACAUGGCACUUGAGAAGGAUACUGUUGGUACUUACAGGCAACCAGCAGCUCACAGGGUCCAAAGAGAAGUGCAGACUGAGGAGCACUUCCAGGCAUACUUUGAAAGAAAACUGUCCUCCACCUUGGGUGGAGCACUACAGAUGCCUCGGGAGAACAGACGGCUACAGUGCAGCUUCUCCUGGGGAAGGUUCAGAAAGAUCACACUCAAGAUGUUCCCUAUCCUGAACUGGCUGUUUUCAUAUCGGUUCAGAGAAUGGAUCUUGAGGGAUCUACAUGCAGGCCUAAGUGUUGGGAUGUUUCAGAUUCCUCAAGGUCUCUUGGGAGUUUGGCUGACCAGGUUACCUCUGCCAAAUAUCAAUGGCUUCCUUUCUGCGUUCUGCUGCUCGAUGACAUAUGUUAUAUUUGGGACUUCUCAUCAUAUCUCAGUUGGUUCAUUCAGCAUCCUAAAUAUGAUGGUGACAAACAUUCUGAAGACUGUUAAUUUCAACCAAACAUUAUCCUCUAAUGGUUCACUGGACAACUUCUCAGACCCUACAUUUAUGAAAGAUUACAUGGAGGCCUUGACACUUACCGCAUCAAUAACAUUUUUGACUGGCAUCAUUCAGAUUAUGACAUUCAGCAUUAUUUCUAAUCACAUUCAUCUUCACGCUGAAUCUAGUAGUGCUGUGGUCAGUAUGAUUCCGCAGAGGUUUCUGCCUCCUACACCGCCAGAUUUAUCAAACCUGAGCAAGAUCAUACUGCAUGCCUUCUCCCUUGCUAUUGUAAGCUAUUUCCUUCUUGAUUUUGUUGGGGAGAGGUAUGCUUCACUUCACAACUACAAUAUUGCCAGCAAUCAGGAGCUAAUAGCUGUGGGGCUAUGCAAUAUUUGCAGCUCAUUUUUCAAAAGCUUUGUUGUCAGCUGUGCUAUUUCUGGAACUGUCAUUCAAGAGAAGACAGGUGGAAGAACACAGUUAGCAGCAGCGAUUGGAGCAUCUAUGAUGCUGGUGAUUGCACUGAAACUAGGACACUUUUUCCAGAUGAUGCCUAAUGGUAUACUGGCUGCUAUUGUGGUAUUUAACAUGCUCCCUUUUCUUGAAAAAUUUCUGGAUAUUCCCAUCCUGUGGAGACAGGAUAAGUACCAUUUUGUAAGUGACAAAAAAAGCCACCUAGGAUUUGGAAUGUGUCUUAAAGGAAGAAAUGGAUGUUUUGGGAGGGCAAGGCAUGGCAGUGGCCAUUCCUUUAGAAAAGGGAUCCUUUGUCAUUUUACUGCUCAUGUUCUCUCUGUCUCUUGUUCAAAGGUUAUUUGGCUUGUAACUUUUGCUGCAGUGCUUUGUUUUGAUCUUGAUGUCGGUUUAGCGAUCGCCAUGGGAUUUACGUUCCUUAUAAUCACCAUCAGGUCACACAGAAUGAAGAUGGUGGUGCUGGGACAGAUUCCAAACAUGAAUAUUUAUAGAAGUUUAUCCGUCUACAGAGCCGCAAGGGAGAUUGAAGGUAUCAAAAUCUUCCAGUGCUGUUCUUCCAUCUCUUUUGCAAACAUGAAUCACUUCAAAACCUAUUUGUUACGCAAGAUGGACGUGAAAGCAGUGCCUCUAGAUGAAAGUGAAAUGAGGGCUUUAAUUUCACUUAGUCUGUCUGACACUGCAGUGGAAAGGAAAGAUCUUAAAUGCUCUUGUGUCUGUGAUCCACCUCUACCACCACCUAGGAUACCAUAUACAGAGAAACUGGUGAAGCAACGUCACGCAGACAGCAAUUCCUCGUCAUCUUCAGUUAAUUUGGUACAUUGGUCAAAGUAUGGAGACGAACUCAGGUCUAGGACGCUCUUGGUGGAAGCAGCCGAUACGCAGUGUGCAUCCCCAGGCUUUAACACGGGGCUUACAACUGAAAAGAACAAAGAUGAAGAGAGAAAAGCUUGCCUUCCACCAGGCUCUGCAAUAGAUAAUUCCUCAGUACAGUUAGAUCAGGAAGACCAACCGAUACAUUUGCCAUGUCCAGUUCACACCAUUAUUUUAGACUUCAGCAUGGUGCAAUUUGUGGAUUUGAUAGGUUCAGAGUUACUGCGACAGAUCAUCCGUAUGUUUCACGCUAUUGGCAUUACAGUCCUUAUAGCUGGCUGUCACUCCUCUGUGAUAGCAGACUUUGAGAAGAAUGAUUUCUUUGACAGCUGUGUCACCAAAGAAAGGUUCUUUCUAACGCUUCAUGAUGCUGUGCUGGCUGCUUUGGACAAGCAUCAAAAGCCAGAUAAGCUAGAACCUACUGUGAAAGAGUUUGCUGAAGAACCACUAGCUGAACAGCAGAAGGGAAGAAGUUUGCUCUUGAAGAAGAACAAAGAUUUUUUCUCUGCAAAGAAUUCUGAUGACAAACUUCUGCAGGAAGAGCCAAUAUCAGAUAUCUCACGCUCAGCCCAGAAUAAAGCAGAGCCAAGCUCUCUCCGGCAGCAUGAUACUCCACCCCUUCAAUCGGAUUUCCAGGACCCAGGCUGGGGGAAGAGAUGGAAGUAUACCAGCAAUCCCUGAAUUACAAGUGUUGGGGAAUUGGGGUUUCAGUAGAGAGGAAAAAGGGCUGAGGAACGGUCAGAAUGGAUUCCCGAACGGCCGUCCCACGCG